AUAACCGCUUGACCGAAAAAGGCGGUCAAUAUCCUGUGGUGUUUAGUGGUUUCUGUCCGUGUUUGACUUGAUAGAAGGUACGCCUGGCUUGAAAGUAAUGUACAUCAUCUGUAGGCGAGGCAAUUAUUUCUAUUCCAGGCUUGAACGUCGGACGUGUGAGAAACACCACGUUCUUGUACGAAACUACGUGAAGUGUGGGAGCGCCUGACUACACGCUCAACCUCGUCGUUCGUCGAUAUCCGCCGCUAGUUUAUUCACAGCUUUCGACAUGGGGAGGAGCGACGCAAAGAGGGACGGGAAUGGCCCGUAUGCCAAUGAAAAAUUAUCGACUCCACUCUGCGUUGAUUCGGAGUUGAGUGGCGUCUCAUUCCAAAGAACAGGCGAGAAAAGGCAAUUAGUUACACCGAAGUGGACAAGGGAUGACACACUUGAGAGCCUUGCGGGCGUAACACAAAACCCGGACACUGCACUAUCUGAGUGGCCCCAUAAACUGAUGAAAGAUGAUGAGGCUGUAGAUGCCACGACUUUGGAAGCGGAUGGGGCAGCUGCUGGAGACUUAUCAACUGUUUGUACUAGCGACUCGGAGGAGGUUAUUUCUGUUGGCCAUUCAGAGGAUGAAGCCUCUUUCCAGGAACCUCGGCGAGACAGGGCACUAGCAAGCGAUGCACGCCCAGAUGCAAUCAUUUCCGAAGAGUUGGUAGAUUUUGUGCAGCCAGCUGAAGAAUUCAAUGAGGGGUUCGUAAGCAGCGAGUAUCUGCAACCCAUAUCGCCUGGACCUGGGCUGCCGGAUGAUGCAGCCUAUUUUGGACACUCCAAUGUGAUGGAGAGUGCGGAUUUGGUGCCAGGGCACUUUUCCGCUAAGAGGGGAAGGCAUUCUCGAUUUUCCGGGCACUCCAGAGGUGAGUGUGAAUGCUGGCCAUACGUGUGCACAGGCAUGUGCGACAUAUUUGCAAAGACGGCGUCCAGACGGCGUGUAUGUUUCAAUCUGUCAGGAAGAGGAGAUGUAACACUGGGAGAACCAACAGCUCUCGAUGUCUUCAUGGUACAGGAAGGUCUUUUCCGUAGCGCCGGGUUCCUGAUUUAGGUGGAACCGGUGCAAGUAAUUCAUUUGGGGAUCAAACAGUGGUGUGCUUGCAGCACGGCCGUGAAGCCAGUGAUGAGAAUUUUGUGUAUUUUUAUGCAUGUUUGCACUUGGGUGACUGUGACUGUAAAUUUUUCCUCUACUGCCUGCAGUGCCACUUGCUGCAGCAGGGAAGCAGCGAACCGUAGUCGUUGCUUAUGCUUCGCUGGGGGUAUACAGUAAGAAUAUGUUUUGGUUUGUCUUGCAUUAAUGGAAUCUUCAACCGCUCGGGGAAACGGAGUGCGGCUUGAGCUCUCAACGACCACCGCUUUGCCGUGACAAACCGCGAUGUCUCCGAAGCCGUCUACACAGACGAGGCGCUGGCGUUUUUUAAAGUGUCAAAUCUGCGUUUGCACUCAGUCCCGUUUUUUUCAUGAUCUUUGCAGUCGCAGAGGGCGACUGGUUCGUAUGUGACUGUCUUUGCUUCGACGAACGAGCUGCAGCCGUUUUUUUCAUUACAUCCGCUUUAUUUGCAAGCCUUGAAACGGCAUCCCUGUUGUAUUUGCCAGUUGUAUUUCGUGGUUCCCAUGAAUGAGGGAGACUAGGCUGUCAAAGAGCCAAGCGGAGAGUGAGAGAAAUGCUUGUUGCCAUAGUGGCCGAUCCCUCCACACCGGAAGGGAAUUCUUGGCCGCUGAAUAAAGCCAGCGUUGAACAACGCGUCUGGGACACAUCUGCUAACAUCAGCUUGGGUUUGUGAUAUUGUGUGUCGCCCCUGUGACUAGGUGAUGGGCUCUCUUGAGACGCCGUAAAUGCAGCUCAUUUCGUCGAACGGAGUAAACGGGGUGGUGGUGUCAAACUGAAAUCCACGGCACAAUUUUAGCGAAAACGGCGUUGCGAGGAAUACACGUGACCAUGUGCAUGACGUAACGCUGUUACCAAAAUGUGUUAUUUCGAUUUAAGAUUCGCUUUUGUUUUCCUAUGAGUGGGUCCAAUGGAUAACCAUCCAGAAGCGGCUUUUAAUGGUAAUGCCAGAUUACUCUGCGAAAGCUGGCCUCUAUGGUGGAGCACUCGAGUACACCACACGACGAGCGUCAUGCUGAAUUGGGGGGACAAAUAAGCAUGGCUUGUUUUUUCUAUGGAAUGAAGUGCUCUGCAAUGCAAUAUGCGUUCCUCUAUCGUAUGGCAAGUUCCUGAGUGCUCUUUGAAUUGGUGAUGACGCACAACUCGAUGCUCCGGGUAUAGGGAUUUGGAAAAUUCUUUAGGAUGCUCCGCUGUCAAAAGCAAGGUGGAAGCAGUAGCAGCUUUAGGUGGAUGAGCGCAUAUUUCAGGUAGCCUUGCGAGAGUAGGAAAUGACUGGAUGCUCACUACGGCACACCGAUUCCGUUCGUUGUUAUUUAGCUCCAGUCGGUGGUGUAUCCCAAUUUUUGCGUUAGCCCCCUCGCAGCAGAGAUGCUAUAGUAUGGCACUGCAAUAAGGAAAUUUCACGGCUUCCCGAAUACGGUGCUCCCCUCCAUGAGAAUCAGAAGUCGAUCACACCUAAGUGGUAGCGCAUGUCGAUGCAACCUUCGUACAAUACUGCAAAGAGUGAGAGUCCGAUUCGUGUGAAAGCUUGGUUGAGACUCAGUGAGCGAAGCUUCGUCUCAUCUGCUCACUUAUAAUCUACACGAUCUCCGUCUGUAAUCGGAAGAUCGAUGACAUUCCCUAAGACGCAGUGCACCGUGGCCGGUGUUGCCCACUGCGUUUUCUCCUGGAAGCGGCUAGGUUUACGAGAUGUACGAUAGCACCCCUGUUGUCUGCCUGGUGCCUUUCUGAAUUCCUGGAAACGCAGCGACAGUCUAUUCCUCGCCAAUCAAGCCUGGGGAAUACUCUGCAAUUCGAUUAUCGUAAAAGGCAGGACCUCACGCCAGUACAGAAGCGAAGUUUCACGCAGUGCGCUAACAGGCAUAGGAAGUUUCCGUCUGUGGUAAAGGUGCACCGCUAUUCCUGCCAGCUCGUGUGUUUCUAACAUGCGUGUAACUGUUGAUCCGUGAGUUGAGCGAUGCUGAGUCAUCGUUGCCGCAUCCGUACAGAAGCUUGUCUCAACUGUGGUUAGUUGCGGCCCCUGUUGUAGCUCUAAUGGCCAUUCAGUUAGCCCCACGCACUGAGGGCUGACUGAGCAAUUCUGUGCGAAUCUGUCACCAGUGUGAAGAAAAACCUCACACACGGUAAGGUUGUGGAUAAAGAUAGCAGCGGACGUGGCUACUGGCAACUGCGUUGUUGGAGCUAACUUACCCAUUUAAAGCCAGUCGAGGAAAAGAAAGACCGGUUGCGACCACCUGCUUCCAUCCGUUCAGUCAAAUGAAACUUUCAAUUUCGAAAGUGAAUCUGUUGCCCUGGGCCGCAAGCAAGCAAGGCAACACAACCGACAAACACCGCACUGCUUUUGCCUCCUAGUGUCCGCGACAAGAGAGGAAACUGUAGCACCACGCGCGCCUGGCGACCACGAGGUAUGGAACAC